AUGAAAUAUGAGAAAAAAUUUUGGAAUAAUGAUAAGGGGAAAAAAAAAAGAAAUGAAAAAAAUUUGAAAGAUGACAAUUAUAACAGAGGUCAUAAUAAAAGGUAUAAUAACUAUGAGGGGGUGGGAUACAACAAAUCUUACAAUCACUUAUUGCACAAUAACGGGAUGCUUAAAAAUAUGGCACACAGUGAAAGGACAAACACAGACAUGUUACACAAUGAUUUGUUACACGAUGAUACAUUACAAAACGACUUGUUACACAAUAACAGGUCUAAAAAUAAUAAGCCCCACCAUAGUAAAUACAACUCAGAAAAAUCGAGUUACACACCUUUCCCCCAGAAUUUGAAAAAAUACAAUAAUUAUGAAAUCAAAAACAAAAUGUUAGAUAAACGAAAUAAUAAAAAUAAUAAUGAACAUAUGUUAGCUUCAUCAUCUUAUAGAAAAGGAGCGAUGAAUCAAAAAAUGCAUAUUUCUAAUAAUAUGAAAAGUAACCAUUCGAGGUAUCAAAAAACAUACCCAAGGGUAUCAACCCAUAGGACAUCAAAAUUUAGUGUACGUGGGGAUAAUUAUAACUUGAACAAUUUUGACGGCAAUAAAAAUAUUGAAAGCUGUGAUAUUUCGGAUGAUUAUAUUAACCAGGACAAUUAUAAUGUUGAAGCUAAUUACCGGUAUAGCGAUAAUAACGAUAAGAAUUAUGGCAGUAAUUAUGGCGGUAACUAUAGCAGUAACUGUAACGAUAAUAGUAAUGAUAGUAGUAAUGGUAAUAGUAGUAAUAAGUAUAGUAGAACUUUCAGAAAUGAGGACAUACAUAUCGAACUGAGUAAUAUGCAUAGAGACCUGCACAACAUGUUAUUUUCCGCUUCAAAAGUAAGUGAAGAGAAUAGUUUGGAUGCAAAUAAUUGGGAGAGGAAUAAUUCGGAGGGAGCUAAUUUUGAGGAAACUAAUCCUAAUAGUAAUAGUAACUCAAAUGAUGAUUUCAAAACAAGUUUUAGCAAUUUUUUUAACUCAUAUCAAAUGAAUGUGAAAAAUAGUAGGAACAGUAAGCAUAAUGAUAAUAACAAAAUUGAGUCUUCGAAAAAUAAAGAGAGUAAUGACAGCGUGUUAAGUAAACUUUUAGUCCUGAGGAAUAUUCCGUUCAACAGUGUGAACACAGACAACUCGAAUGACAACAGCAAUAAUGAGAUUGCUGAUAAAAGGAGUAAUAACAUUAGUGGUAAUGAUAUUGACAGCGCUAGUGGCAAUGUUAGGGGCCUCGUUGGAGGUAAUAGUAAUGGUGAGCAUAAAGUUAGUUCAAACAGCAAAACGGCCAUGAUAAUUAACGAUUUAAAAAAAUGCCUUAAUAGCAAUGGUGAAUCGAAUAUGUAUACACUGAAUGAUAAUAUGCUACAGUCUUUAUCCUUUGACAACAAUAGGGUAGGUUAUGAUAAGGACAGUGUAAAUAAUUAUUAUUUGGAUAAUGACCAUUUUGAUGCAAAUAAAUCAACUGGUGGGAUUAAAUCAGUUGAUGAAAGUAUUAGUAGUCGUAAUAAUAGUUUUUUAUCCCAACAUAUGUAUGCGAAUAUUAAGGAAGACUGCAUGGAAGGAGGUAAUGAAGAAAUAGAGCAUAAAACUAAUAGAUAUAAAUACAUGAACAAUGAUUACAAAUUCGUGCAAGAAUCUCCCAUAUCAAAUAAUAGUGCGAAUGGUGGAAAUGGAGAUAGUAGCGAAAGUAAUAGCAGUAGCAGCAUUUGCGGUGUAAUGGAAGCAAAUGCUUAUAGAAUGAAAGAGGAAAAGAUAACUUUUAAUAAUAAUAAUUUAUUCCCUAGGACGCAGAUUGAAGAAUCAUUGAAAGUUUUAAAUACAUUACAAGUAGACAUUGAAAGAGUGUGUUGUUAUAUUAAACAUUUCAUAGACCCCCCUGAGCAAGUGUUUGAAGUUAUGGUGAAUUCUUUUGUUAAUAGGUCAGUGUUGAUAAAUUCCAAAAUUGCCAUUUUUUAUGUAUAUAAUCACUUGAUACAAGAAUUAAGAAAUAAUUACAAAAACGAUUUUAUUAGAUAUAAUACCAUAGCUGAAAAGGGAUUAGAAAUAUUUGUUAUUCCUGUGCUAAGACAUAUCCUAAGUGAAGAAGGAAACAGUGAAAUGAUUAAUAAAAUUUAUAGAUGUAUAUCUAUUUGGAAUGAAAGAAAUAUUUAUAGUAAAAUUAUAUGUGAUCAGUUAAAAGCAUUACAAAAAAAUCCACAUAAAAAAAUUGAUUUAUCUUUGAAACAUACAGCUAGUCAAGCACAUAGUUUAUUAUCAAAUGAACUCUCAAAAUUUGUUCCUGUAAAUUUUAUAUUAAAAAUGCCAAGUAUUAAUAAUGAACAUAAAAAAGCGUUAGAAGAUAAAAUUUUAAAUGCCCUUUUUCUUAAUUUGUCAAAAGAUACACUAAAAGAAUUUCCCGGUGAAGAUAUUGAAGAAGCAUCAAAAACAUCAGACAAAGUUAUGAGGAUAUUCGGCCAAGAGUUAAUUUUAAUUAAUUCACAAAUUUUAGAAUUAUCAUCCUUAAUUAGUGACAAUAAUGAACAUUUGGUUAAGCUGCAAACUGCAAUGGAGAGGUUAUAUGAGUAA